CCGCAACAAGGCUUUCCUCAAUAUAAUCCCCCUCCUCGUUGUAAGUAGCCAUGUUUGAAGUGCAAUUCGUCUGUUCAAUUUUCGAUUUUAUUGAUAAAUGGGAACAAAAUCAAUGGAUAUUCUGAGAAGGGUAACGUGGGCUUGAUCUUCACCAAGGGUGACUUGAAGUAAGUCAGCGAAGAGGUCGCCAAGUACAAGUUGAUGUUGUUGUCCUUCCUGGAAACACUGGACUUGACCCAUCCCAGACAUCUUUCUUCCAGGGUGCUCAAUAUUCCCACCAAAAUUUACAAGGGAAUGGUUGAAAUUAUUACCCUUGUGGAGCUUAUAAAGAAGGGUGACAAUUAACAAGGGAAUGGUUGAAAUUAUUACCCCUGUGGAGCUUAUAAAGAAGGGUGACAAAGUGGGAUCAUCUGAGGUUGCCCUCCUUGCAAAACUUGGCAUUAGGCCCUUCUCUUAUGGUCUUGCCCUCGCUCUCUACCUCUCUCUUGCUCUCGCUCGCCCUCGCUGGCUCUCUUUUGCUCUCGCUUGGGCUUAGCCCCUCUUGCUCUCGCUCACCCUCGCUGCCUCUCGCCCUCGCUCUCUGCCUCCCUUUCUGGAUCUCGUUGCCUUUCUCUUGCUCUCGCUCUCGCUCACCCUCGUUGCCUCUUGCCCUCUCUCUUUGCCUGACUGCCUCUCUCUUGCUCUCGCUCGCCUUCGCCCCCAUGUUCGCUCGGCUAGUCGGCCUCGGUGCCUCGCCCUCUUGCUCACUACCCUGCCUCUGAUUCAGGUCUUCAUUUUACCUCCCCCCACCCCCUCCCAAAACUUCCAAAUUUGCUUCAUUCGAGCCCAGGCAUACUUAAAUGGUGAUACUCAAUAAAGAACCAGUUUUGUUGAACACUGAUGCCAUGAAUGUUGAUGAUAUGGCUGAGGAUUUUGAUGUGGAGGUUUCAGAAUCAGAUUCAGAAGAUGGAAAUGAAGAUGUGAAGUUGACAGAACCUGCAAAAAACGCCAUAUACAACAAGGAUGGUCUUCUUGAUAAACUUGGAGACAUUAGUUGGCCUGAUAAUGUGGAUUGGAUGCACAAGCUUUCCCUUGAUAUUAGUAGGGAGCAAGAAGUGGAUGUGAAUGAUGACCUGGCAAGAGAGCUUGCUUUUUAUACGCAGGCAUUGGAAGGUACAAGGCACGCCCUUGUGAAGUUUCAGUCAGUGCGGCUUCCUUUUCUCAGGCCUUCCGACUAUUACGCCGAAAUGGUGAAAAGUGAUACUCACAUGGAGAGAGUUAAAAGCCGGCUUUUGGCAGAGAAGAGAAAUAUUGAGGAGGCAGAAGAGAGGAGGAAGGCUAGGGAGGCUAAAAAGAUAUCAAAAGAGAUUCAGGCCCAGAAGCUCAAGGAGAGGGCAAAACAGAAAAAGGAGGAGAUAGAAUCAGUGAAAAAAUGGCGGAAACAGAGGCAGCAGAGUGGAUUUGCAGCAGGGGCUGACAAAGAUGCUGAUAUAGGUUUGAGUUUCGAAGAUGGAAAAUCAUUCGAAAGGUCAAAUAAGAAGCGGCCAGGGGUGGCUCCUGGAGAUCGAUCUGGAGGUCGGUCAAGGCAAGGAGGUGGUGGAGGACGGGGGUCGAAGAGAGGAGGAGGUAAAAAGAUGAAGGGUAGGGAAUUCAGGGAUUCCAAGUUUGGGUUCGGAGGAAGAAAAGGUCUGAGGAAGCAGAAUACUGCUGAGACUACAAACGAUAUAGGAGGUUUUAGCAAAGGUGCUUUCUCCGGAAACAAGAAGAGGAAGAGAUAGAGAUAAAAGAUGGUGAUGAUGAUGCUGUGUCUGGCAUGUGGAGCGAGCAGAUGAAGAGGCAGUGAGGGAGCUCUGGGAUUUCAUUUUAAAAGCUAUGCCCAUGCCUAUGCUAAAGAGCCAUCUUCCGUCUUCCUAAUGGAUAUUUUGCAUGUUUUUUCAUGUGUGUGACAUAGGCAUGAGAUUGCUUAGGUGAUCAGGUCAGGUACAUCUCAUGCAUUUCUAUUAUUAUUGUUUUUUGGGCUAUGACUAGGUGUAUUAGCAUAUGAUAUUGGCUAUAUUUUGUCGUUGAGAAAUGGCUGAUUUUUGUCA